GGGGUGGUGACGUCACGGCGAUCGCUCCUCCCAGCGCAGCUGCGCGGGGUGAGCGGACCGUGGAGGCCGGCGGUGCGAUUCUCGGGACCCGCUGCUCCAGCCGCGCGAGACCAUGGGCGCUCAGCUGAGCGGCGGCGAGGGCGCCGCGGGGCCGGCGCAGCCCCAACCCCAGCCCGCGGCGCCCGAGGGUCCUGAGCGGCCUGGGCCCGAGCCCAGCCCCUGGGGGCCCCUGGACGACGUGCGCUUCCUCAUCGCCUGCACCUCCUGGUACUGACGCCGCCCUCCGAGUCACCGCUCACCGCCUGUUCUGUUCGCCUCGCCCGGUCCGGCCGCUGUCGUCUGUCCCCACGGCCCAGUGUCUCUCUCAGCCUGUUCCCUCCCGCCCCCGCGCCCCAGACCCACCGGCGCCCCAGAGACGGGGAUUGAGGAGGUCGAGGGGCCUGGAAGGAAGUCCCGGCCGAGCUGCCUCCACAGCAGCGCCUUGGGACCCCUUGAAUUUGUUCGCUCCCCAUCCUACACCCAAACCACCUCAGCCUUCGCGCUCACCCGCACCCCACAGCUCCAGCCAUCUGGGUCCUGGCUCAGCUUCCCUGUCACUGACUUCCAGAACCAGGCGAGGGCUCGUGGUGAGACCCUAAAGCCACUGACCUCACUUGUCCCUUAUUGCUGAGAACUCGGCUCCUGCUUUCGUUCUGGUCAUUGCACGGUCGGCCUUGACUGCAGAGAAGACCUUGCUGCGGUGACUCUUCCUGAACCAGGGGAGGUUGCUCCUCCAGCCUGGACCCCAGUGAGGCAUUGUCAGGCUGUAUUUCUGGGACCCGAUUCCACUGGGCCUCUUGGAGAGAGGGAUGUGUGAUUGCUGGGCUGGCAGAUGAGACGAAUGGGGCAGCUCCUGGACACCCCAAGUACCCUGUUUCUCUCCUCCCAGAAGCUUCUUAGGCCACUCUCAGAACCUGUUUCUCUCUCCCACAUUCAAGGGAAAUGACAGACUGUAUUUUUGUUUUAUUUAGAAAUGAUUUAAAAAACAUUAUACAAAGGCUGAUCAGUUUAAAAUGUGACUGACACUGAAAUGCUAUGAUGUUCCCCAGGCUGAGGGGAAGCUGGGCUCUGGGACCCCCAGGGCUUUGCCCCUCUGUCUGCUCUGUCCUGGGGUGAUGGACGAACAGAUGAUCACAAGGCAGGAUAAUCUGAGUUUGGAAGCCUCCAGGCUGAGCCCUCUCUGGGUCUAGCCUUGCAUCCCUCACAUCUGCAGCCUGGGCUGCCUGCCUCCAUCUCCUGCUCUUUCUCAGCUGACCUGGGUAGUAUUAGGAGCCAACGGGAGCCUGCGGGGCCUAGAGCAUUCAAGAAGUGAGAGCACCAACCUGAGGAGUGGAGAGGGACCAGGAAGGGGAGAAAGGAGGCCAGGAAAAGAUGGAUAAAAGAGACACUUCUGAUCUCAUCUUGGACCUUAGAGGGGUCCACAGGUGGAGACCAAGGCCCAGCCAGCUCACUGGACGGCCUGGGCACGUAACAACCUCUCUGUGCUUCAUUUGAGGGCGUGAUGAAAAUUACCCUUGGCCUCCCAGGGCCUACACUAGUUUCAUGUGAGUGGACAGGUGUGAGCUAAUAAAGUGCUUUGCAAAGUAUAAAA